AAUUGAUCAUGUCUUCAUUCCACGACUUAGCUCCAAAAGAUGCCAAGGGUGAACCAUACCCAUUCUCCCAACUUAAGGGCAAAGUUGUCCUCAUUGUCAAUGUUGCUUCCAAAUGUGGAUUCACUCCUCAAUACAAACAAUUAGAAGAACUUAACCAAAAAUAUAAAGACAAGGAUGUGCAAAUAUUAGGAUUCCCAUGUAAUCAAUUCGGAGGACAAGAACCAGGAUCUAAUGAACAAAUCGCUGAAUUCUGUAGUUUGAACUAUGGUGUUAGUUUCCCCGUGUUAGACAAGAUUGAAGUCAAUGGUAAGAAUACUGACCCUGUGUAUGAAUUCCUCAAGUCUAAGAAAUCUGGAGUGUUGGGAUUGAAUAGAAUUAAAUGGAACUUUGAAAAGUUCUUGGUUGAUCAAGAUGGUAAUGUCAUUGAAAGAUUCAGUUCUUUGACCAAGCCUUUGGACAUUGCUCCAAGAAUUGAUGCUUUGUUAGCUAAGAAGUAGAUGUUUAUAUAAAUUAUGCUAUUGAGUACUUCUGUAGUGACAGUCUUUAUUUGUUCUCUAAAUAAUUAAAUGUUGACUUGCUAGGCUAAUCUUCUGAGCCUUGGCAAUAUACACAAAUCUACAAAGUUGUAGAUUGUUCGGUUUUUGACCAUGAAAUUUCAUCAACCUAGUCUAUAAACAUAUAACUAUAUCCGUUUAUAUCGAUACAUAAAACACAGCUUCGAUGCUUAACUUAGAU